GGAGAGUUACCGUGGAGACCUAGGCGCUGGCAAUCGAGAGAAACCAAAUCUGGUAGUUGCGGGUCACUCGAGCAGAGCGGGCCAACGCCUGGGCUCCCGAAGCCGAUCCCCGCAGCGGGGAGCGCCGCGGCGACCAUGGUCCUCUACGAGCUGUACUCGCACCCGGCGGAGCGCAGCUACCGCGCGGGGCUGUGCUCCAAGGCCGCCUUAUUCCUGGUGCUGGUUACCGGCCUCACCUACAUCCCACCGCUGUUCGUGGCCUUCCGGAGUCACGGUUUUUGGUUGAAGCGCAGUACCUAUGAGGAGCAGCCAACUGUCCAGUAUCUACAUGAGGUGCUGUUAGUGGCUUUGUUGAGCUCCCCCUCUGGAGAAUAUCUAGCCUGGAGCACAUUCCCCACUUUUAACCAGUUGCAAGGGGAUAAUCUUAGAGUCCCAGUAAUAUCGGCUAGAGAAGAAGACAGGAACCUCGACGGGAAAAUGGAUCAAUUAUAUUUCAAAUUAGAUCUUCCACUGAAGCCUAAUGAGCAUGUCCUCGGGAUCCAGCUCAUUCUGACCUUUUCUUAUGAGCUGACUAGGAUGUCCAGAUUUGCGAUGCAGACCAUGGCCUUUAUCCAGUCAUACUUCCCUGUCCCAGGUGCCAAAUUGUACAUGAAUGGAGACCUGAAGCUGCAACAGAAGCAGCCUUUGAAAUAUCGUGGGAUAGAUGACAGAUACAACGUAUCUGUGAUCAAUAGGACGAGCAUUUUUGCAAGUGACUAUAACUUAAGGAGAAUCGUUGAUGAAUACCACAAAAGGAAUGUAACCACAAUCUUUGCUGAUCCCCAUCCUGUUUGGAUGGUGGGAAGAGCUGGAGAAGCACCAUUUAUGUUUAACAUUAUCGUGCGAUAUCCCUUGGAGGUCAUUUCCUAUUAUCCAGGUUUCUGGGAGACAGUCAAGUUUGCCUGGAUCCAGUAUGUCAGCAUUCUGCUUAUCUUCCUUUGGAUAUUUGAAAGAAUCAAGAUCUUUGUGUUUCAGAAUCAGAUGGUUACCACAAUCCCUAUGAUCUCAGUGAGGUCGGUGGAAAGUCAAAAGGAGCACUUGGCUUAAUAGGAUGGGGCACAGCCACAUCUACUUCACUGGGAGCUGCUGAAAACUGUCUUUGCACAAUCUCUUUUUGGAAUGAGACUCUGCCACCAACUUACAAUGGUCACAAAUAUGAGGAGGACUCAACAAUAGGCCAUUUUGAUGUCUUGGAAAGGGAACCAUCUUUCCUGACUGGGGAUCUGGAGGCUGUACAUUAUGCUUUGAUCCCUAUUUAAAACCCUUUAUUACUUUAGGGCUGUCUUAUGAUAGGCAUGAAAAUCAUUGACACUCCUUUUUUCCAUAUACAUCUGCCAUUUAGAACUUUGACUUUAAUUAGAAGUAGAUGUCUGUAUGUCAUGGAUUUGGGGACAGGAAUGGUACCUCCCUGCCCUUGGUUUGGCAGGCAACUAAAAGCCUCUUAUCGGCUUUCUAACCAUGUUUUCAUUCACAUCAUCUUCUGUUCACUAGUCUUUCUUUGAAAUCUGGAAUUGAAGAUUGACACUUCAUUCCAUUCCAUUACUAUUCCAUAAGAUGUUCCUAUAGAGGCUACUAUGGUAACAACUACUUUUUUCUUUCCAGUUGAUACCUAACAGCUUCAGUACUGACUGAACACCACCCAUCUUCUUUGACCUUCCAUGAGAGAGAGCUCAGAAACUCAAUUCAAUUCAAUUCAUGUAUUUAUUUAUUUUUAGUGAGGCAAUUGGGGUUAAGUGACUUGCCCAGGGUCACACAGCUAGUAAGUGUUAAGUGUCUGAGGCUGGAUUUGAACUCAGGUCUUCCUGACUCCAGGGCCGGUGCUCUAUCCACUACACCACCUAGCUACCCUUACUCAACUCAAUUUAAUCAAACAUUGAUUAGAAGCCUCCUUGGCACAAGGCACCGGGUACGAAAAUACAAUACAACAUAGGCCUUGCUGUCAAGGAACUUGAUCUUAUGAAUGACAAGUACACAGAUAGCUGUGAUUCAAGGUAGAAUAGGACAGGUGCACAGAAGAAGUCCAGGCAAAGGGCUAUGAUCAAUUGGAGGAGGCUAAGAGAAGGGAAGUCCUCCUAAAGAAGGCAGAUUCGGAAUUGGGCCUAGGAGGAAAAGAGUCUUGGGGUGUGGGAUUUCAGGGGGAUGUUGAGAACACAGGCACAGAGACAGAAGAGGGCAGAACAAGAAAAAAUAACAGCAGAGUGAAGUGGAAGCAGUGCUAGAUAGGAGUCAAAGACCUGGGUUCAAAUCUAGACUCUGCUACUUCUUUUGCCUAUCUGACCUUGGGCAAAUCACUUCAUCUCUCUGUGCCUCAAUUUCCUCACCUGUAAAUGUGUUUGUGAAGAGAAGGCUGUGUAGAUGAUCUCUGAGGUACCUUUCAGCUGUAAAUUUCUGAGCCUGUGAACCUCAGUGAAGGAGAAGAUUUUACCAAAUGCAAGUGCUCUCUGGAACAUAAACCCAGCUUCUCAACGAUACAGGAAAAAACAGAAGAGCCAUUGUUGUCAGCUCUGGUCCCCCAUUGCCCAACGGCAAGAUCAAAAUGAACCUUCCCUUCAACAUGUUGGCCUGGAAACAGACAAGGAGGGAGACUGGGUUUAUAGAUUGGCUGCUGAGGGAACAGAUACACUCUUCAAAGGAAUUUGCUUUUUGGAGAGAGAUGUCCUCUACUUGUAAUCGAUGCCUCCACAGUUACCUGAAGCUCCUUGCUUCAACAUUUGUCACUUUAUUGGAAAGACUAAUGACUCUCAUUUCAAAAGCACAUCUUUUCAGAAUUCUGACCUGGACAAGAGGGAAAACAAAGCUGUUUCAAUUUAUUCAAGCACUGAAAUGCCUGAACAACUUUAGGAAUAUUGGAAAAUUUUUCUUUUCUUCUUUCUUUUAACAUCUAGAAAUGUAAAAAUGCCAGAAUAGAUUUUCCUUAAAUACAAUCUUUUUUUAAUAAGCAUUUUUAUUUUUAAUUUAAAGUUUUGAGUUCCAAAUUCUAUUUAUCCCUCUCCCCCUCUCUCCUCUCUGGGGUGGCAAACAAAUAUAGGUUAUAC